ACGACUAAACUCUGAAUUUUGUUUAUUAAUUUUACUUGUUUACUAAAAAGAACUGUAUAUUAUGACUCGCCAUGCACGCAAUUGCACCGCCGGAGCGGUUUACACUUACAACGAGAAGAAACGCGAUGCUGCCGAAUCUGGUUAUGGUACAAAUGCCAAGCGAUUGGGAAAAGAUUCCGUAAAAUCAUUUGAUUGCUGUUCAUUAACGCUGCAGCCAUGCAGAAUUCCUGUGGUUACUAAGGACGGCUACCUCUUCGAUAAGGAAGCUAUUCUGCAGUAUAUUGUGACCAAGAAAAACGAAUACAGCCGUAAGCUAAAGGAAUAUGAGCGUCUGCGUCGUGUCGAGGAAAACGAACUUGCAGUGGAGGCAAAUAACAAGCAACAGGCGCGCAUGGAACGGUUUGUAAAUGCCGAGAAGCCAACAACAACUCCGGCACAUCGGCCAACAGCAACUAUAGUAAAGCCCAGCCAGGCUAAUGCCACGCCUAGUACAUCAGCAGCAGCAGCGGCGGCAGCGGCAUCUAGCUCUGGCAGUUCCAUAUCGAACAUGGCCAAUGGACAUGAGAAGAAACUGCCCAGCUUUUGGCUACCCUCAGAGUGUCCCAAUGCGGGUGCUGCCAAGGCGAAGAAACCAGAUGCCACCAUUUAUUGUCCAGUCUCCCAGCAGCCGCUUCGAGUCAAGGAUCUAAUCGAUGUCAAGUUUACGCUUCUCAAAGAUGGUGACAACAAGCGUUCUCUGAUUGCCAAGGAAGCUCGUUACAUGUGUCCCAUCACACAUGAUGUACUGAGCAACGCCGUCCCUUGUGCCGUGCUUCGUCCCACAGGCGAUGUGGUUACUGUGGAAUGCGUGGAGAAGCUUAUACGUAAGGACAUGAUUCAUCCGCUUACCGAUCGCAAGCUCAAGGACAAGGAUAUCAUUCUUCUACAACGGGGCGGCACUGGCUAUGCUAUUACCAAUGACAAUCUGCAAGCUAAGGAAAGCCGGCCUAUGCUGCAAGUUUAGACAAUAUGUCAAUUGAAAUUGUGUUAUAAUUAAGCUACUACAAAAAUUAAACUAAA